AUGACCACCAGACUAGUCACCUUGACCGUGUACGCACUGCUGGUGUGUACCAAUGUACACGCCUUGACCAAGGUGGAGACGGCCAGGUCCAUCGACGACCUCCGGUACGUCCUGGGCUCCAACUACAAGUUGUUUGUGGCGUCUUACUGGCGCUUUUUGAUCUCCUCUUGUGACGUGCUAGGGGAUAAAAUGUUAGAGGACCUUUCCAAUGGAUACUUGGAGAAAUAUUGUCUAUUUGUAAACAAAUGUCCAGACCUGUACAUAACCCAGUCUUGCCUCAUCACCACCGUCGCUUUCUCUAUUCGAGUCACGUGUUGUCCAGUUUCAGAUUUGCAAACAGAUUUACAGAAGAUUACUACAACUGAAAUGCCGAUAGUAAACAAAGAGCCGCCAGCCUCGACAGCCUCCACAGAGAGAGCCUGCAGUAAUGGCGUUGUGCCGGUGUUCUCUAAGAUCUACGGGGGUACGGCCACAGAGAGGGGGGAGUUCCCCUGGAUAGCCAUGCUCCUGGUCAACGGGGUAUUAGAAUGCAGCGGCAUAAUCUUAGACUACACGCACCUGCUGACCGCCGCUCACUGUUUCUUUAGCGACUCAGCAAAAUACGAAGUUGUAGCAGGCAAAUACAACCGGAGCCCCGACGUCUCAGAGGUGGGCGCGCAGAGGGUUCGUGUCAAAUCCUAUAAACUCCACGAGAACUACAAUCAGAAAACCACCAAUAACGACAUAGCGAUGAUAACCCUAGAGUCGCCACUCCAAUGGUCCGAGUACGUGAACUUUGCCUGUUUACCUCGACCUGAACACAAGGCAGAGGCAAGGUGUAUGGUGGCUGGUUGGGGCUACAUUAACUCAGGCAACAUGUACCCAGAAGUGCUGAUGAAGACGGAACUGGAUGUCUACAACUCGACUCAGUGCCUGAAGAUCUUUAACCAGACGGCCCAGCCGCCCGGGAUCCUGUCUACCAUCUUGAACGAGGGUACCAUUUGUGCGGCAAAUGGAACCUCUGGAGGGAAGGAUGCCUGUGGGGGUGAUUCCGGUGGGCCUCUCAUGUGUGUUCAAAGUUCGGCAAAUGGACCAGCUUACUUUGUUUACGGUAUCGUCUCCAAUGGCAACGGAUGCGCCAAGGUUGGCGAGCCCGGGAUAUACACCAACGUGCCGUACUACUUAGACUGGAUACGUAAAAACAAGAACUGAUCGAACGAAAAAAACAACAACUUGGAACGUUUAGGGCAGAUGACUAAGAGUGCUCAACGCAAAAUGUUUUCAAUUGCUCAAUGUUCACAGGCAAUUUUUAAUCAGGGUCUACAAAACAUGAGGGUAUCUUAGAUUUUUUCGCGUAGCAAAACUGUAGUUAAAUAUUGUUAAUGUCACAGAUUUU